AUGUUCAAACUGAAGCUGAAGACACCGACAAACAGCGAAGCGAAAAGCGCACCCAUAAAGAUCAAACUGGGCAAAACAGAUGCGGUUCAGGAUCAGAAGAAGCCCAACAUCAAGUUGAAGUUUGGCUCCAAGGGCAAGAGCAGAAGCAAUGGGAAACCACCAGGGGGCUCCAAGGUGACGCCAAAGCUGAGAUUCAAGAUGCAGCGUAUUCCUGGUGAAGGGUAUGACUCGGAGGACUCGGAGGCUGAAGAAGAUCCCCUCCGGGAGGAGGCGUUGAUACUGAGGCUACUACCAGACGCGGAGCUGGACUAUGUGCGACACUGUGUUGAAGCCGGCGACUUGAGUAAGAUCCAGAUGAAAUGGAAAGAUAGGUACCGUUGUGUGCUGUCUGUGAACAAGACCUUAUACGCUGCUAAGCUUAUGAAUUUACCGAAUAUUAUUGAAGCCCAGAAGACCGUUGAUAAGAAGAACAUUUUCAAGACCGUUGACGUGUCGCAGAUCCUCGUGGUGAUAAAGAGGAUAUCUGAUGAGUCUGAGAUUGAAGAUAUAAGCCCUGGCGAGGAGGACUUUGAUAGUGGUAUUACGCCACCUUUGAAGAACGUUGGCAAGAGUAAAUAUAGGCGCAAGAUGACCAAGCAGUACAUCGAGAACAUUGAGGCACGUGUUGACGAGCUGUUGCGUCUGGACGAGGAAGCAGAGGAGUCGACGUACGAGAUGAUUGAUCCCGAUUCCUUGGCUCAGUAUGACUUCUCAAAGCAAGGCUUACAAAAGGGUCUGUCACAUCAGCGGGGCCAUGAUGAACAGCACACAGGACAGCAUCCAGGACAAGAGCACGAACAAGAGCAACAACAAGGACAGCAGCAAGGACAAGAACAGGGCGAGACGUUUAUGGAGGAUGACCACAUUGUCGUUCCAAAGGCCAGCAAAGAUGACGUUGAGGAACCUCUUGAUGAAGAUCUGGAGUUGGAGCUGGAACAGGCGUUGGAAGAGGACGACGACGAGGAGGAGGAAGACGAUGAAGACGAUGAAGACGACGAUGAUAAUAGUGAUAACGAAAGAGGGGAUGUCCAUUGUAAGGUGGAGAUUGAUGAGGAUCAACAGCAGAAUGCCUUGCUCAAGGACGAGAUCACCGAUCUGUUAUCCACUAUUGAAUCCAACAAGGCCAAACUCUCAAAGACAAGUAACCCAUUGAUGCGUAACAGAAUCAUUGACACCGUGAAGAAGUUGGAGAAGGAACUCGAGAAUAAGAACAAACAGUUAAAGACCAACGAGGACAGAAGGAAGAGUAAGAACGACGGGAAGGAGAAUCAAUCCGAAGAACCAGGCAACGGUGAAGGUGAAGGUGGUGCUGAGGAUGAACGCGAGGGUGAGGCCGAAGGCGAAGGCGAAGAGAUGGACGAGGAUGAAGAUGAAGAGAUGGAUGAGGACGAUGAGGAUGAGGAAGACGAGGAAGACGAAGGAAAGGACGAACAGGCAGAACAAGCCGAACAGGCAGACGAUCUACAACAACAGCAUCAACAACAGGGCACAAACGAUGGCGGUGAAGAUGAUGAAGAUGACGAAUUGGCUGAUUUGUUCGGAUAA